AAUUGACGUCAAAAAUUACCCCCAGAUUUUUUACCGCAUUAGAGAGCGGGGGGGCAUAUGUGCCUAGAUCAACUGAACUUCCAUCCAACUUAGGGCUGAUAACAAUAAAUUCAGAUUUGCCUUCAUUUAAGUAAAGGAAAUUCUGACUUAGCCAAGUUUUGACAUCCUGUAGACAGUUUUGUAAUGCACCAAACGAACCUGACUCCGGUUGAACCAGCGGCAUAUAGAUUUGAAUAUCAUCAGCAUAAAAAUGGAAGGGAAUGUUGUGGCUAGAUAUAAUGGCGGCAAGUGGUGACAGAUACAAGGAAAAUAACAAAGGGGCCAGAAUGGAGCCUUGCGGGACACCUGAAGUCAGGAAAGCUGCGCCGAAAGAAUGGUCACCAAUCAUAACCGAAUAGGUUCUAUCGGUAAGAUAGGACUCAAACCUUAGCACCUCCCCUCCCAUGCCGAAAAGGUGCUGGAGUUUUAAAAGUAAAAUGGAGUGGUCCACUGUGUCAAAGGCUGCAGUUAGGUCCAGCAAAGCUAAAAUAACUGGGCGUCCAGCAUCCAAGGCUAAUGCAACAUCGUUAUGUACCUUGAGUAAAGCAGACUCCGUGCUGUGUCGAGCCCUGAACCCAGAUUGAAAUUUAUCAAUUUAAUUUAUCAAUUUAAUUUAUUAAUGAUACCUGGCUUAGUGUUUAAUUUUUGCAUUUUAGCAGGUUUGAAAAGGUUCUCUUAGGUCAGAUGGUUUGCUCUUUCUGUUACAUUUUGCAAAACGAUAUGGUGACCUUGUUUUUUUUUUUUUUUACAAUGUUCUAAAAUUGAAUUUUUGUUGUUUACUAAUGCUAUUGAUGGUCCAUGUCUUGUUAUUGCCUUUUCAGGAUUACCUUGUGCAGGUUUACUCACCAGCUGGACAAUAAAUCAGGAAAGUGCAAUACCUUCUUGGAUGGAGUUUAGUAGUGAUUUUUACAAUAGAAAUUUAAAAUUGGAUCCUGGAGCGAAAGAAGACAAAACAAUGCAAGUGGGGAAAAGAAAACUUAUCAUUUUUCUCUACUUGCUGCAUUUCAGCACUUUUGCUGCCCCAGUCACAGGAUUUUCACUGAAGGCUUGCAGAAUGACUUCUAAUACUGUCAUAUGUGCCAAGAGUCAACUCAAAGCUGUUCCUCGAGAUAUUCCCUCAACAACAAAAGUUGCUGACUUGUCUGCAAAUAAAAUCUCAAGAAUUCAAGUAGCAGAUUUCAAAAAUCUACUUCUUCUGACACAGUUAGAGCUAAAUCGCAACUACAUUUCACAGAUAGACAACGGUGCCUUUGCCAAUCUGAUUUGUCUUGAGAAGUUAAAUCUAAACAAUAAUAAACUUGUCGAACUUGGAGAGGAUGUUUUUCAUGGUUUGAGCAACCUCACCGAGCUUCGAAUCGGUGGUAAUCGCAUCCAAACUGUGGCAUUCAGCUCUUUUAGGUCCAUGACAAGCUUAAAGUUUUUGGACAUUUCUCAUAACAAACUUCACGAAAUAGCAAAGGUUCAUUCAAUAUUGCAGCACCUGCCACACCUGCGAGAGCUGUACAUUAAAAACAACAAUAUAAACACUUUUCAUUCAUGGGAACUGACAAACAGCUCACUAGAACUUGGGUAUCUUGAUUUGUCUCAGAAUCCAAUUGCAGUCUUUCAAAUCACUGCAGACAUUUUUCCACAUCUCAUCUGGUUCAACAUCGGCGGCUCUCGCACAAAGCAGCAGAUGAUGUGGGAUGUGCGUAACAAGACUUUCCUUAAUCAAGUUUCUACUCUUGAUAUUAGUGGGCUGCAAAUGGCUUUGGGUGACAUGAAAACAUUACUAGAGACUGCAAACUCCUCACUUAGGACGCUGAGGAUGAAUGCAAUGAAACACAGCCUCACAGCGCUAAUCAACAUUUCCUGCACCAUCCCAACAAUGUCCAACUUACAGCUCCGCUAUUACAAGCUCAGAUCGGUCAGUUCAACUAUGUUUACAUUGUGUAUUUAUGUAACAGAGCUAGAUUUAACACAGAAUCACAUACAAAUCAUCCACGUCAAUGCCUUCAGAUCUCUUCCGGGUCUGAGAAUCUUAAAUCUGAGUCAGAACAAGCUUUCAUCUGUUCCAGUUGCAAUAAGGAACCUUCCAACUCUUAGAGAGUUGAAUCUCAGCGCUAAUAACAUCAGUAGACUUGGAUGUGAUGACUUUGCCAAUCAAACCAUGCUCAGACAGCUUAGCCUUUAUAACAACAUGAUCUCAGCUCUAAAUGAGUGUGUUUUCAAGGAUCUAAUACGAUUACAAGUUUUAAAGCUACAAACCAAUCACAUUAACAAAUUAAAUGGUGCUUUCCAAAGACAUUUACCGAAUCUUAGACAACUGUAUUUGAAUGUAAAUCAACUGACUAAUAUUAAAUAUGGAGAGUUUAAGGGUUUACACUCCCUCCAAAACCUGUCAUUACAUGACAACCAAAUAGAAACACUUGAAAAAGGGUGUUUUAUUGGACUGACGAAUCUUACCGAUAUGUUACUACAGAAGAAUCUUAUUACACAAAAAGCAUUAAAUAACGGUAGCUUCAAUGAUCUGAUCAGUUUAAGAAGACUAGAUUUUAGAGAUAACUAUAUUAAAUUUGAAAACGAUUCACUUUUGCCUAAUCCACCAUUUUCUCAGCUGUCAUGUCUGGAGACCUUGGCUAUUCCUUCACAACAUGGCAAAGGGACAUCCAAAUUGCCUCGCAACCUCCUGCAAGGCUUGACAAAUCUGAUAGAGUUCAGUGUCAGGGACAUUCAACUUAUAUUCUUGCACAAAGACAUGUUUAUUUACACUCCUCAGCUGCAAACACUUGACAUUAGCUCAAAUGACCUUAUGGAUCUCUCUUCAGAUUUGUUCUCCCCAGUUCAAAACCUUAAAAGUCUCUACAUAUCUAGAACAAGUCUUCAGUCUCUAGACUUUCUUAUAGGUGCCAACCUUACCAAGCUGGAGUUUUUGCAGGCGAGAAAAAAUCAAUACUCAGUUAUCAGUGAAGAAAUAAUAAAGUCUGUACCAGCUCUUGUUUAUAUGGAUCUUCAAGGCAACAGUUUUACCUGUGACUGUAAUAAUGCCUGGUUCCUCAAAUGGGCAGAAGACAACAACCAAACCCAAGUUUUUGAUGCCUUCAACUUUGUUUGCAACUUUCCUCUGGACCUCAAAGGUAUGAAACUGUUGGACCUUGACAUCCGUCACAUUUUCCUUUUCUCUACCUCAGGUAAACCCAUCAUAGACAACAUUACAGAUGCCAUCUAUGGAAGCAGGAAGACCAUCUGUGUGAUCAGUCGCAGAUACCUUGAGAGUGAGUGGUGCUCCAGAGAGAUCCAGGUGGCCAGUUUCCGUCUGCUUGAUGAGCAGAAAGACGUGCUGAUUCUAGUGUUUCUGGAAGAGAUCCCAACCGCUCUGUUGUCUCCUUACUACCGCAUGAAGAAACUGCUGAAGAGGAAGACCUGCCUGAGUUGGCCUCGAGCCAUACAGCACACCAACCUGUUCUGGGAGAAACUUCGCCAGGCUCUGAAGACCACAGAAGAUGUUGGCGGGGACAGGUUUCCCAUCACUCUGCAGAACAGAGUAUACCAAAAUAGAAAUACAGUCCUCUUAGUAUGAGGUUUAGAACCAGUUUAGUUCACUGGUUUGAGUCAUUUGGGACUUUUUGUUUGUUUGUUUUACCCA